AUGGAUUUCGUCAAUCUGCUCCUGUUCUGCCUAAUGUCGUGCGUGAUAGGAGCGGUGGUGAUGCUGCUGAUCCAGUACUAUGCCUUCGUACGAUACUUCCGCCUGCCGGAACUGGACCAAGAGCAGGAGAACCAGCGAAAAUCGGCCUUCAGCGAACGAUACGUCCUACCCGAUACGCUGCUGGAAAACAUCAAGGCACCGGAUCAGGAAAGCAAAUCCACGAUAAUGGCCAUCAAUCUUAUACUGCAGUUUCUAUACUUUGAGCUGCGGCAAUCGAAUCGCGUGCGGAAGUGGUUUCAUCGGAAGCUAUCGCUCGAGCUGGAUGAGCUGAUAAGCAAAACGACGACGGGCAAACUGUUUGAUAAGCUGACGAUCCGGGAUCUCGAUUUGGGCAGCCAGUUUCCGGAGAUAAAAAACUUUCGCCUGCAUGCGGUCGAUCUGCAUCCGGACGAGGGUCACAUCGAAAGCCUGGAUGUGCUGUUGGAUCUACACUACGAGGGUAACUUUCGCCUGACGAUCGACGCGGACAUGGUGCUUGGGAAGAAGGGAUCGUUGGCGUUGCGUGUGAAGCAAGUGUCCGGACUGGCACGGUUGCAAUUCACGCGCAAACCGUACACGCACUGGUCGCUUAGCUUCAUCAACGAUCCGAAGGUGGAGCUGGACGUGCAGUCCCAUUUCCAGGGACGCCAGAUGCAAUCGAACAUUACCAGCCUAAUCUCGAACCAGAUAAGGAAAGCGAUCCGCCGGAAGCAUACACUUCCCAACUAUAAGCUAAGAUAUAAACCAUUUUUCCACCGUGUGGAAGAGGAUUAUGAACUCAACGAAAUUAUACCGAACGGUACGCUGGAGGUGACGAUCGCUGAAAUAUCCCGUCUGAACGCUCCGAUCCGCACGCUGACGCACGUAUACUGUACGCUCACGCUGGCGCAUAUGCCGUGGGUUGUGGCCCGGCAGCAGGAGGACCAAACCGCGAUGAUCGUGUCGCUCGAUAUCGAAAUUCAUAAGGCCAAAAACCAGCAGAUCGGUAUCGUGUUCAAGCAAAGCGAACAGACGGUGCUGAUUGAUGCGGUCAUACCGAACACGCCCGCAUCGAAAGCGGAACUACGCCGUGGAGACGUACUGCUCUCGAUACAGGGCAAACGGGUGACGAACAUCAGCCAGGUGCCGAAGGUGAUAAAAACGCUUAAUCGGCCAAUGUUUGUGCUGCGCAUCGAGCGAUUGGUGCCCGGCCAGAUAAAGAACGAUGGGCUGAUGGAGGAUUACGAGGAAGCAUUCGAGGAGAUAGAUCCCAACCUAAACAUCACUUUUGUGAAAAACAUGGAAGCCGUGCAAAUCGGUAGCAGUAGCACCAGCGGGACGGUUCUACGCGAGCGCAAGCUUGUGCGAAGGAAUUCCAAAGACAACAGUGGCGGUGAAUCGAGUCACUCAAACACACCCGGCACAACGCCGGUGAAGAAAGCCAUGACCAUUGCCGGUCGUGAUUCAAUUAUACCCGGGAUGGAAUCGACGCCUAGAGGCAGUUUUUCCGAUCCUGCCACUGGUGGUGGUGGGAAGCAAAAGGCGAUCGUGGAUUGUUACCCACAGCAUUCGUCCGUUGAUGCAGAAUUCAAUUCGUUCAUUCGGCUGGACGAUCCAUGCACGUUUCAGCUGAUGGAAAAGUACUCCUACCUGAACCUAAGCGUGUUUGGUAAAAAUAACGAAGAAAACCGGCUGCUUGGCUAUCUCAACAUACCGAUCAACAGUAUUCUAGUGGAAUGCAACGAAUCUCACCUGGGACACCAUCUGAAAAAGUAUCCGUUGCUGCCGCCGGAAGCGAUCGAUGUCUCAAAUCAUGCUCUGUCGAUGCAGUCCGGAUUUGAUCAAAACUAUUGUUACGGAGAUGUGCUGCUCUCCUUCGUUUGGAAUGGCAGUGCGCUGGCCUGUUCUUCUGCGACGCCGAUCAAAGUUAUCAGCGGGGAGAACAAGAAGCAACGACUCAUUACUAUUAGCCGGGGAUCCGCAGACAAGCUGGACGAUGAUCGAACGGAUGGAUUACUUGAGGUUAAGGCACCAUCGGCCACCUGCACCCAGUUACCGGCCCAAGUACAGCCACAGCAGCAACAUGAUUUCAUUCGAACACACUUUCACCGCACCACGCAGUGCGAUUACUGUGGUAAGAAAAUCUGGCUCAAGGAUGCGGUCCAGUGCCGGGACUGUGCGAUGUGUUGCCACAAAAAGUGCAUCAACAAGUGUCAGAGUUCGACCGUAUGUACAGCCAACGAAACGGCCAUAACAGCCACAGUUGAGCGAUCGUCUUCUUCGUCCACAACGACAACGACAGCGAGCGGAGGAAUGGUCCCACCACCUGUCAGCUCACCCGGUUCACUGCAGCCAGAGUUUAAAGUAACCGAACCGGAAUCGCCCACGAUAGAGGUGGAAGACUUCGUAGACAUAGCCGAAGAGCAGCAGCAGAUCGUGUCGAAAUCGAAACUCGAAACGCAUCGCCAAAGCUUUAGCGAUCUGCUUGUGCAGGGUCUGAAGCGCGUUAAUUCGGCCAACAAUCUUUCGAUUCCAACGAUGGGUGGAAUGAACCCGAGCAGCAAAAGUUUGCCACCGACACCGCAGCACACGCCACGCAAACAGUCGCUGGCCAACGUGAGCACCAAUCCGUUCCUGUUGGUAACGCAGCGGCUCGAAAGUCUGCCAGAGGACGUGAACGAGCUGAACAUGGAGCAGAUUGUUGAGCUGACGGCGCCGCUAAUCGAGUACGGUCCGUCCGAUACGCUGAUGGCGUUGGCCAAGAGCAGCAGCAAAACGAUGUACGGCGACUGUGAGCCGGAUGUGCGGACGGAGAAGAUUAACAAACUGCUUUCCAAACUGCACAUAGCGCUGGACUACGAAACCAUCAACCAGUCAGUGCUAAGCGCGACCAAGGAGAGUAAUAGUAGUAGUGGUAGUAGUGGCGCAGGUGCUAACGCUAACUGUAAAGAAAUCACCGAUACGAAAGGAAAGUGUGCAGCGCAACAGCAACACGAUAGCACAAGAUCGGCCUUCCUGGCGGGCCAAUCCGAGGAGCGGGUGCAGGCGCUUAGCAUCAUAAUGCUGCAUCUGUGCUCUGGCCUGCAGUGCGUCCAGGGUAAUCUCGGCCAAUGA